GUAUUCGGUUAGUAGUUCAACCCGUCAUUUACAUAUUUCACAUGUCAAUUCUCUAGCUAUAAUAUUAAUAUAUUAUACCAUACAUACCCUAUAAAUACUCUGUUUUCUACCCUUCCCAUCCACAAUUAUAUACCUAGUUACUUAUAAACCAAGUAUUACAUUAUUUAAUGGCUUCUUCUAUCUUGUCCACGCUUUUCCUUUUACUGGGUGCUCUUCUUUGCGCCUCAGUUAAUGCGCGGAUGCUGGCUGUCUCAUCAUCCUCCUUUGCAGAUGACAAGACAUUCUUUCGCCGUCCAUUUUAUGGAGGUGGAUUAGGUGGCGGAUUUGGCGGUGGUGGCGGUGCUGGAAUUGGUGGCGGCGCUGGUUUGGGAUCGGGCGGCGGUGCUGGAAUUGGUGGUGGGGCUGGAUUGGGAUCUGGCGGAGGACUUGGUGGGGGUGGUGGAGGAGGAUUGGGAAGUGGUGGUGGGUUUGGACCGUUCGGUGGAGGGGCAGGAGUAGGGGGUGGGUCAGGAUUUGGAGGGGGUGCAGGGCUGGGAGGAGGAGCUGGUGGCGGCGGGGGUGGAGGGUUCGGAGGUGGUGGUGGGGCUGGGGGGCUUGGCGGUGGAGGUGGGUUCGGUGGGGGAGCUGGUGGUGGGUUUGGAGGGGGACUCCCUUGAAUUAUUAUUAUUAACUUCCUAAUUAUUUAUAGCUAAUAAGACUAAUGAAUGAUGAUGACUAGUUUCAUUGUCCUGAAAUUUUAUUUAAUUGGAUUUGUUAUAUGUAAUAUAAUGCAUGUAAACUCAUAAUUCUAUAUAUAUAGUUGGUGUCAAAAUUUAUUUAU